AGAGGAGGUUUCCUCGCUGUGAAGAUGGCGGUGAGCAGAGGGCUUCCAGGACUGUGGAGGACAUGCAGUUUGUUGCUACCCAGACGCCCUCUUCUGCUCCCCGGAGCCUCCCGACCGCAGAGCUCUGUUAGCGGGGACCUGGUGCCCCGGACCUCGCUGUCCAGGCCUCCGUGGGCGGAGCAGACGAGCCUGGUCCCGGCGGAGGAGGAGCGGAGCAGACACGCCGCGGUGGUGAGCACCGUGAACCAGCGGAUCAGCCAGCAGAGCUUCGCCCGGCUGUUCGCGGUGGUGCACAUCGCCGGCCACCAGUGGAAGGUCACCAACGAAGACUUGAUCCUCAUCGAGAACCACAUCGAGGCGGAGUGCGGGGAGCGGAUCCGGAUGGAGAAGGUGCUGCUGGUCGGGGCCGAGGACUUCACCCUGGUCGGCAGGCCUCUGCUGGGGAAGGAGCUCGUCAGGGUCGAGGCCACCGUGAUCGAGAAGACCGAGUCCUGGCCCAGAGUCCACAUGAGGUUCUGGAAGAGGCACCGGUUCCAGCGCAAGAAGUUCAUCAUCCAGCCGCAGACGGUGCUGCGGAUCAACAGCAUCGAGCUGGCUCCCAGACUGGCCUGAUGGUGAACACACUGACUGCGGGUUUGUGUCUCUCCAAGACUUCCAGAGUAGCUUCAAACAGAAACGAACCUGAACAGCUUUGGAGUUGAGAGAAAAUGUUCUCAGCUGUUGACUGGCGCUUCUCCUGUAAAUACGCUGACACACUGCAGAGAUGUGGAUCAGAUGUAUUAAAGUUUGUGUUUUCUAUAAAUAC